CAUUUUGUAGCAACAGUCCCUCACUCAGUGUGGUGGUAGUCUCCUUACACUAACGUUCGUCUCGGUGCUAUCUAUUUUUACUUUUAAUCUAUUAUAGAAUAUACUUUGUCUUUAGUUCGAAAUGGAUGAUAAACACCAAAAUGUACGCGUGGUGACAGCGGAAAGCGAAUCGAAGUUCGUUUUCGACACUUGCUGCUGCUGCAUACCGUUGAGGACAGGAUGCCUCAUUCUCGGAUACCUGCAACUGGUCGCCUACAUAUUGUACGGUAUAUUUUCCGUGCUGGGCAUAGGAAGCGGCGUCGCAUUAAUGCACGUGACUGAUGGCCUGGAGAAUAAGGAAGACGACAUGAGAGUAAAAGCCAUUGCUACCAUUGUCAUCUUACUCAGCGCUCUGAUACUCGUGGUGAUUCUGAUCGCUCUGCCAUUCACCAUAGUACUCCUCGUUGGACUGCAUAAGGAAAGACGUAAUUACAUUAAAAUCUACCUGAUCUUCGCGGUGAUCGCCCUCGUCAUUAACGUAGUCGUGGAUCUCUCUAAGUUCUCCGGCGGCUACGCGCCGAUGAAGCAGCUGCCUUCUUCGAUCAUAGGCACUCUGCUUAGCAUUUACUUCCUCCUGGUGCUGAGGAGCCAGUACAUCAAGAUGGGAAUCGCUGCCAACAACCUGCCCACGCAGCACUACCGCGAGGGGCAACUCAUGAACACGGAGAAGGUUUAAGCCUUCCGACCACUAUCAGCAGACCUACUAGUAUUCCUAUCUCACUGGAUAUGAGCUUUAGUUGUUGGCGGUGUUAACCCCUGCGUCUCGGAAAGCACGUGAAACUGUCGAUCCUGCGCCUGAUCUCUCUCCGGUCGUGUCGGAUUGCCGAUCCACCGCGAGGGAAUCAAGAGUGCACCUCUGUUCCCGCACACACGUACACUAUAAAGAUAUCUCUUUCGGAGUUGGCUAGACUCCGUUGAGAAAAGCCACUGUGGCCGAAAAUCAAUCACAAAGUGUAUUUUUUUAUUAGAAUUGUAAAGUAAGUAGGUACGUUUUUUUAUAAAAAGACCGUUGACCGUGUACUUGCGCAGUGGCAGAUUUAUCAAUCCAUUUGGUGGUAUGAAAUGAGGCGCAACAGCAGAGGUGUUAACAGCAGGGAUUGGUUUGUUCGGCAUCGUUUCUCGCGAAGUGGGUAUUGAAGAAAAAUACCUACCAAAUACCAAAUUCAGUUAUUUGUAAGGCAUUCAUCGCAGUGUAUCUACAACCUAUGAUAACUAAAUUACAUCGCCAUUGAGACAUGGAAUAGGUCUGCUGAUACAUAAGUUAUGAAUACGAAGAAGACGGGAUGGGGCGGUCCGAGUCAUAUGCGGACGGAGAAAUUCUGUAUUGUUACAUUUUUGCCUACCAUAGCUUUUGAAUACAAGAAAUACAACAUAAUGCAUUUCGUUGUAAAUGAAAACAUGUAUGAUCAUGCCUGGGUGAAUGAUGGAGCAGAGAGACAGAAAAACAAUUAUCUAGGCAUUUCGAUUGUCAAACUGUUUUUGUAGCAUCUUAUUUUUCGCCAUUUUGGCGCUGAUGGCAGCAGCGAGCGUCAUAUGAGCGUACUCUGAACUAAAUGUUAGUGAUGAGAUAUUUGUCAGCAUAGUGUCAGCACGGAGACCAUUUGAUACAAAGUGACAAUUUUAAUUCCCGGUACGCUCAGUGGGGCGCUUCGAAUUAGCACAAA